UGUUGAUCUGUUGCCACCGUGUCCAUGUCAACAAGCUUCUAUGCAUUCAUCCCGCCAUCCGAAAAUCUCAGGCAUUCUUGUUCAUUGUCUCAUUGCUGUGUCUCUGCGAACGUAUUCAGUUCCCUGUCUCGGUGGGAGUAGGGCUGACUCAAUCCACUGGCGUGCCUGCAUUCGUCGCUACGUAGACGCAUUAGCACAUGAAAUGAGUCUCGAGCUAGUGGGAGUUCUAGGCUGGUUAGCACCCGUCACGUCCCAACGCCACAUGCAUCGCUGUUCGGACGAUGAAGUUUCCUUGGCGUGCCGUUCUGUCCGACGUUGAAGGGUCAGCAUUGACCCGGACACCGUCUCACAGCCUCCCGUCCCAGUCCGAAGCAACCUGCCGUUAGUACUGAAAGUGUCUCCCUUCAAUCUUGAA